GUUAUCUCAUCCGCUGUCGUCUUUCCUCUUCCCCUGCUUCCGCCUCUGUUCCUCACUGUCCGCAAUUCACACUGAAUAAGCACGAAUUCGAAGUUGGAGGGCAAUGGCGUGUGUUGGUAUUGGGGCGGCCGCUUGUAGCAGUAGUACCAGUUGUAAUAUAGAUAGAAGAUGGAACAUGGCGUCGCUAAGAGCUGCUCUCCCUUCGAUGGUCUCUACCGCCUGCGCUCCUCCGACCCAGGUGACGCCCUUUCGAUUUCCGGUUGCGUCGUCGUCGGUAUCAUCUCCUAGGCCCAUCAUACCCCGCCACAAACCCCAAUUCCUCCGCUCAUUUACGGGUCUCUCUCCUGUGAACUCUCUCCUCUCGCUUGGUGGGUACUCUAGCUUCGAACAAGGUUUCACUGUUGUUGAAACUAGCGGUCGUUUUUAUGCUAUGAGACAUGGCAGGCGAGUGCCUAAACUCAACAGGCCUCCUGACCAGCGACGGGCUCUACUGCGAGGCCUGACAACACAGCUUCUUAAACAUGGCCGGAUUAAAACGACAAGAGCGAGGGCAAGUGCCAUGAGGAAGUAUGUUGACAAAAUGAUCACUCUGGCAAAGGAUGGUUCUCUUCAUAAGAGGCGACAGGCUCUUGGCUUUAUUUAUGAAAAGCAGAUUGUCCAUGCCUUAUUUGCUGAGGUCCAAGACAGGUAUGGGGAUAGAAAUGGUGGGUAUACAAGAAUCAUGAGGACACUGCCAAGGCGGGGGGACAAUGCACCCAUGGCAUAUAUUGAACUUGUCUAGUGCAUCUAUACCCACAUUUAUAUAAUGCGUUUGGCCGACCAUUAUUGAUGGAGUCUUUUAUGAUUUGAUUCUGAUUAACUGGUUUUCUUGUUCCGUCAGCCAUUAAGGUAGCGUAAUUAAGGAUUAAGCAUCCAAGCUGGUUAAUCCAAGUGGUGAAAAAGUGGGUAUUAUUUGAGAUAGUUGUGUAUGAAAGUUCCCCAGCCAGUAUCAAAACCCACAUGUCACUCUAACAUUCACCGACUAGUUUUUAGUGAGAUUCGUUUGCAGGUAGGGAUACCUAUGAAUGCAUCCACAAUGAGUUCUCACAGCUUAGUUACUGUCUUCUUCUUCUUCUUUUUCCAAUUGAGGAACACCAAAGUAUCCACAAGAGGGGAAUAUUUCCUGCGAUAAAAAGCAAUGGACUAUAAAAGGGUGAGUGGAGCAGGGGAAUAAAGAGGAAAUUGCCUUAUUCUCUUUGGCCGGUGAUCUGCAAUUCACUAAUUUUCCAAUGAGCGGAGAUUAGUGAAUGUCCUGCUUCUCAAGAAUCUUGCCUUUGUCUUUUUUCCUCUAUAGAAAAUGCCAAUGAAAAGCAGCAUCAUCGGAAAGUUUUGAAGGGACAAAACAGGGGGCAGGCCCCCUUUUCCAGUUUUUCCCUUCUUCUUUCUUCCGUUGGUUGGUGGGUAGACGGUGCCUGUCCCAUUGCUUUCCAGCCACGUCAAGGAUUCAAUGGUUCUUUCAUCUUUUUGUGGAGAGGAAUGAUUAUUGUGUCCCAUCAGGGUGUGCAUGUGCACUUGACUUGUAUGCCAAGCUUUCGUCGUGAGUUAUGCUUAAAUUUAGUUUUCAAUUGAACUUUGGAAAUGUUUCUUUCCUUGUAGUGGAAUUAGAUGUUUAACUAAUUUAUUUAAUAUAAUUAUAAAAAUUAAGAAAAUA